UCUCCUCGAUCCUCCUAGUGACAAUUUUUGACUCUAAGAUGACUGUCGUUCUGCGUUUUAGCAGGAGCAUAAUGCCAUAAUGUACAACCCAUAUGUAAAUAUUACAAUUUGCUGGCUGUUAUUGAAUAGGAGGGUGUGAUGCACUUGACAAAUAGAAAUAGUAUAUUACUUUUGGUGAAUAGGAAGGCUUAAAAAGUCCGAAACGGAAAUCAAAUUAAAUAGCAAUAAGAGGAGGCCGCAACAGGUCAUCCUAUCUUCUAUCUCUCAAAAAGAUAAUUAUAUAUCCAAGUUCAAAGUACGUCCCAUACUCCCAUUUGAGCAAGUCGAUCGACAAAUAGUAUUUUGAAAUAACAUUUCCGACCCUCUAGAUCCAAUGCUGCUUGAAGGUCUUCAAGUUCAUGUCUUUGUAUCGACUUCAUGACUUGCUCUAUUAGCUAGCUAGUGAGCUAGUCUUCAAUACAUGGGACACGUACGUUUUGGUCCUUCACCGACCCUGUCCUCAUUUGUAUAAAGCAAAAGAGGCAACUUUCAUUUCAGUAAAUCUUUGCAAUAAAGGCAAAUUUAAUUUCAUGGAUUUGCUCUUAUAUAUCAUCAUGUGGUAGGUCACGUAUCUAAAUCUAUUGAAUCGUUCUAAAUAUGCCAAGGUAAAUUAAUUCAGAAUCACACCUGUUUUGAUGUCCACCUUUACUAUCGAUAUUAUGAUUCAACAAUCAAAUCAAAUCCACCUAAUAAUCUCGUACUACUUAAACAGAUCUAGCGUCCUUUCACUUCUGUUCUAUGUUUUUCAGAGCGUUAUCAAUCUAAUUUAAAGGUGUUAGUAGAUUUCUGUUAUCAUGGCACAAGCAAUCAUCAGCCCUCACUUCUGCAGUCCGUACCCUGUUGAUCUUGGAAUCGUCAGACAAGUUCUGUCCGGCAACUUUUCAGUCAAGGAUGUUAAUGGCAAUACUGUUUUCAAAGUGAAAGGAGCAUUUUUGAGCUUGCGUGAACGCCGAGUCUUAGUUGAUGGUGCUGGGAAUCCCAUUGUCACUCUUCAAAAGAAGUUGCUGAGUACACAUCAUAGAUGGGAAGUUUAUAGGGGUGAUAGCACGGAUUCGGGGAAUCUGGUCUUUAGUGUUAAGAAAUCUUCGGUGGUUCAGUUGAAGACGAAAUUGCACGUUUUCUUGGCAAAUAAUAAAGGAGAGUAUGCUCCUGACUUCAAGGUGAAGGGAAGUUGGUUUGAACAAUCUUGUGUUGUAUAUUCUGGGAAAUCCAAGUCCUCCAACAUUUUGGCUGAAAUGCACAAGAAGCACACAGUUACAAGCGUGUUGUUUGGGAAGGACAAUUUCAUGGUCACAGUGUAUCCAGGUGUUGACCAAGCACUCAUUGUCGCGCUUAUUUUCAUUCUUAAUGAGAUGAACUUCAGUGGUUCUGGUUCUAAUUCUGGUUCCGGCGGAGACUAAUUUGGAUAUACUUGAAGGGUGUUUAUGCGUUUGCCUUUGUUUUUAGUCAUUAGUUCACUUAUAUGUUAUGCAUGUAGGUUCAUUGGGUUGAUCCAGCUAUUAUAUAUGUUCGUUCCCGUUGGCAUUAUAAUUGGACCCCCUUUACUCCCUCAAAUAUAUGAGCAUCAACUGGACCCCCUUCACUUCUCAAAUAUAUGAGUAUCAUGGUUGAUAUACGAUUGUGUAUAGUCGGAAUAUGAUCUCUGAUUCUCUGCCGCUUAAUUAGUACCCUAAUUUUAUA